GGACUCACAAGUGUCAAGCAUUUUCAUCUACAGUACGCAUUUCUGCAUCUGAGAAGUGAGAACGUUGUCUUCCCCACGCACAAAGAUCAAAGUUUCAUCCAGAGUCUUUUGCACAGUCAAAGAGAAAUCAAGAAACAAAUUUGGCAUCGACUGAGUGCUGUUUCCGGGACAACCUUCAUUUCGAUACGGCAAAGUCAUUGAUCCUAAGAUAUACCUUGAGGAAUCUUGCAAGCCUAAAUGUGUGAAGUCUUUAAUUGAAUAUGGGUGACUUGUUAUCACUGUUGACGAAGUGAUGAAUGACGUGGACAGUUGGGAUGUGUAAAGAGGAUUGAUGGUGAUGAUACCGGAAGCAAGCAUUGCACUGGACAGUAUUUUGACUACUUGUCCUGUGUUGAUAAAUGCGGAAGUCUUAUCAUUGUUAUCUAAUGCAUCAUUUGGUGGUUGUCCUUUUACAUCAGUUGAGUUCUGGAUUUCGGAAUGCAGGUCGCACCAAAGCUCUUCUCAAAAUUGAAGUAACUGGGAAGUUGUUAAGAGUGCCUUACUUUGUUUCUGGUCCUAUUCGCUCUCAGUGAUGCAGAUAACUAGGUUGUAUCUGAACAACUUAAACAACUUAUCCUCAUUAGGGCUCCUCCCUUUUGAAAAUGGAGCUUUUCUAAUUAAAAUAAGUUAUGUGUU